AACAAUAAGUAAGUAUAUGACAUAAAAACCGCAACUAACUACCAACCGGUAUAGAACCAUAGAUCCAGUAGAUGAUUACGAUAUUCCACGCUGUCAACCCAAUCAAUCCAACGGCUCAGAUCAACCAUCAGAUUGAGUAAAUUACAAUAAACGGCUCACAUCAUCCCUUUUCCAAUCUCAUUCACAUCUGUAUUUUAGCAAAUUCUCACCCUUUUUAUUUCCUCCUCCGCCAUUCUACACCACUCCUCCGCCGUGAACCACCGCCGGAAACCCCAAAAAUGACGAUUUCCACCAAAAUCGUCACCGCUUUUUCUCUCCUCUUCUUCCUCUUAACCGUUCCAUCAACGGCGGAGAUCAAAUCUCUCAAGAUCCGAUCCGAUAACCGUCCGAUGAUCCUCUUCGAAAAAUUCGGAUUCACACACACCGGCUUCGCCUCCGUCGCGAUCUCCUCCGUCUCCGUCACCUCCUCCUUAUCGCAACCGGAUCCGGCUCGCCUAGGGUUCUUCCUCUUGUCAGAAGAAUCUCUGAUUCAAGUUCUUCUAGAACUUCAACAAAACCCUAAUUUCUGCGUUGUGGAUUCAAAAUUCAUCUCGUUACUCUUCACUUUCCGAGAUCUAUCACCUCCGCCGCACUCAUCGUUCAACAAAUCGUAUCCAGUAACGUAUCCGAACGAAUACUCACUGUUUUUCGCUAAUUGUAACCCUGAAUCGCUCGUAACGAUGGAUGUACGUACAGAACUGUAUAAUACGGAUAACGGAGCUAAGGAUUAUCUAUCUGCCGGUCUCACGCAGCUUCCGUCACUGUAUUUUAUCUUCUCUAUUGUGUAUUUGUGUUUUCUAGGGUUUUGGAUCUCGUUGUGUUUGAAAAACAAGCGAUCUGUUCACCGGAUCCAUUUGUUAAUGGGCGGAUUGCUUAUUAUGAAAGCGCUUAAUUUGAUCUGUGCUGCAGAGGAUAAACAUUAUGUGAAGGUUACUGGUACUCCUCAUGGAUGGGAUGUGUUGUUUUACAUAUUUCAGUUUAUUAGGGUUGUGCUUUUGUUCACUGUGAUUGUGUUGAUUGGGACCGGAUGGUCGUUUUUGAAGCCGUUUUUGCAAGAGAAGGAGAAGAAGGUUUUGAUGAUUGUGAUUCCGCUUCAGGUGUUGGCGAAUGUGGCUUCGAUAGUGAUAGGGGAGACUGGUCCUUUUAUUAGAGAUUGGGUGACUUGGAAUCAGGUGUUUUUGUUGGUGGAUAUUAUUUGUUGUUGCGCGAUUAUUUUCCCGAUUGUGUGGUCGAUUAGGUCGUUGAGGGAGACGUCGAAGACUGACGGGAAGGCUGCGAGGAAUUUGGCGAAGUUGACUUUGUUUAGGCAGUUUUAUAUAGUGGUUAUUGGGUACUUGUAUUUUACGAGGAUUGUUGUUUUUGCGUUGAAGACUAUUGCAGCGUAUAAGUACCAGUGGGUGUCUAGUGCAGCGGAGGAGAUUGCGAGUCUUGUGUUUUAUUUGGUGAUGUUUUACAUGUUCAGGCCGGUUGAGAAAAAUGAGUACUUUGUUCUUGAUGAUGAGGAUGAAGAGGCGGCUGAGAUGGCUCUAAGGGACGAGGAGUUCGAGCUUUGAAGUUGCAUAUUGAGAAAGAGGAUCGUUUUCUUGUUUUGUCAUUCAUACUUGUUUAGAUGAUACAAUGUGAGUUGUCAACUUAAAACUUCUAGUAGUUUUUUUUUUUUUGUGGAACAGUUUGAUGUUACUUUACCUUUUAUCUUAUGUCAUAACUACUAUGGAACUAAUGAUAGUGUGUGUUCAAAAUUUUGUAUUUUCGUAUUGGAUGAUCUGUUAAUGUGUUCAUUCUAAA